CUCUCGCCUCACCAGACGCCAUCAAACCCCACCACCUCGCGCGCGGCGGCCGGCGGCGAGCACCGGACGGACGGUCGGACGGGCAGAGGUAGGGUGCGGGGCGAGGAGAGGAGAGGAGGGGAGGGGCAGGCCGGCAUGGGUACCCUCGGGCGCGCGAUCUACACGGUGGGGAAGUGGAUCCGCGGCACCGGGCAGGCCAUGGACCGCCUCGGAUCCACCAUCCAGGGCGGCCUCCGCGUCGAGGAGCAGCUGUCAAGGCAUCGCACGAUCAUGAACAUAUUUGAGAAAGAACCCAGAAUCCACAAGGAUGUUUUUGUUGCUCCCAGUGCAGCUGUGAUUGGCGAUGUUGAGAUUGGACAUGGAUCCUCAAUCUGGUAUGGCUCCAUUUUAAGAGGUGAUGUCAACAGCAUUCAUAUUGGAUCUGGAACAAAUAUACAAGACAAUUCCCUUGUACAUGUUUCAAAAGCGAACAUCAGUGGGAAGGUUCUCCCAACCAUAAUUGGAAGCAAUGUUACAAUAGGUCAUAGUGCUGUUCUGCAUGCAUGCACCAUCGAGGAUGAAGCUUUUGUUGGUAUGGGUGCCACUCUGCUUGAUGGAGUGGUGGUUGAAAAGCACAGCAUGGUUGGGGCAGGAUCGCUUGUUAAGCAGAACACAAGGAUUCCUUCUGGAGAGGUCUGGGUUGGUAAUCCUGCCAAGUUCCUAAGAAAGCUUACUGAAGAGGAGAUGGCGUUCAUUGCUCAGUCCGCAAUGAACUACAUCAAUUUGGCUCAAGUCCAUGCUGCUGAGAACGCCAAGACCUUCGACGAGAUUGAGCUCGAGAAGAUGCUGAGGAAAAAGUUUGCCCACAAAGACGAGGAGUACGAUUCGAUGCUCGGCGUGGUCCGUGAGAUCCCGCCGGAGCUCAUCCUCCCGGACAACAUCCUCCCAAACAAGGCUCCAAAUGCUGUUGCUCACUGAAUGUGUUUUGUCAAGCUCCCUCCUCUUCGGGAAGCUUGUGCUGUUGUCACAUGUUGACCUUGGAACAAUUGUUUUGAUCUCAUUGCAUGUUUUCAAGCCCAAUAAGAUUUGGGUCGAGCAUUGUUUUAGAAUCGACCAUAUACAUCACUACCCUUUUUUUGCAUUACAAUGAAGAGCAGUUUAGUUUGGGGGUCACUUUUUUACACCAUAUAUAC